AUGGGUGGCAAGAAGAAGAGAUCGCGGAGUCGAGAUCGUUCUGAGGAAAGAAGUAAUUCGAAGAGAUUGCGUAAACUGGAGGAUAUGAUGAGUGGAAUGCUGUCUAGCAUUGCAGCUAUCCAACAAGCUAUUACGACAAAAGAUUUGCCUGAAUCAUCCGAAGUCGAUGACCAUGAGUCUGUUGGAGAUCAAAAUGAUGAAGGUGAGGAUGGAAAAGAUGUCGUGAACGAACCAGAGGUAUUUGGAGUCUUGAAAGACGUGACCAAUAAGCAACCGCCCGUUAAUUCUGAAAAAACUGUACCAGUUGUCACAAUUGAUGGGUCUGAGACUCAGAUUAAAGAUGUUGAAGCUGAGGCUCCCUGGGUUUUAGAUGAAGAUGCUCUUCGUAUUUUUGGAGAGGAACCAAUCGGUGAAUUAUCCUUCGAGGCUCCAUUGUUGAAUGAAGAGGUUAUGGGAAAUUUGAAAGAUUCCGCCCAGAAGCGGGACAAGUAUUUUUGUUGGACACAGCAGUUGGCUGGGUCAGCUUUAUCUGCUCUGGCACCAGUAGUGGAAUCACUCACUCCGUCAAAAGACCCUGAACACAUAGGCAUGCUGGAUAAGCUCGUUGAGCCAGAAGUCGGUGUCUCAAUCGAGCUUGAAACCUUCAACGUACAGAAAACCACCGACUUCGAAGAACCAGACAAGACAGCCGGCGUACCAGAAGCCGGGCCAGUCUCGCCAUUCGAAUCCGCGGUUGAAGAACCGAUAGGGAAUGACGUAAGUAUAAUAGGGGGACGUUUAAGUCAAUUUUUGGAGGCAUGGAAGAAAAUAACGGAUGAUAAAUCCGUAAUUCAAUAUAUUAAAGGUUAUAAAAUACCCUUUAGUUCGUCUCCGGUUCAAACUCGUGCUCCACCUACAAGAGACUGGACACCUCUCGAGUCUGCGCUGAUUCAGGUAGAGAUUGAUAGACUGCUGGCGAUUGGUGCCAUUAUUCCAGCAAAAGCAGUCAAUGAUCAAUUUCUGUCACCGUUUUUCCUAGUCCCUAAGUCGGAUGGAAAACAAAGGUUUAUUUUAAACUUGAAAGGUCUUAACUCCUUCAUAGAAACGGAGCAUUUCAAGCUGGAAGACCUUCGAUCGGCGUGUAACCUACUAGAACCUGAUUGUUUUAUGGGUACCGUUGAUCUCAAAGACGCGAAUUUUUUGAUACAUAUUUUUGAAAAAGACCGAAAAUACCUAAGAUUCAUUUUUAAUGGCCAAUUAUACGAAUUUGUAUGUCUUCCUUUCGGGUUAUGUACUAAUCCUUUUGUGUUCACUAAGCUUUUAAAGCCUGUUCUAAAUGAUCUGCGGUCGCGUGGUUAUUUAUCGGUGUUGUAUUUAGACGACUUCUUAUGUCUUGGUAGAUCAAUGGAGGAAUGCAGAGACAAUAUCGAACAAACAGUUGACUUACUCAAUCGUUUGGGGUUCAUUAUCAACCAUGAGAAAUCAUGUUUGGUUCCUAAAACUAGAUGUAAAUACCUGGGGUUUUUACUAGAUUCAGUCACUAUGAAAGUUGAGUUGCCUGAAAAUAAAAAGUUAUUACUAUUGUCUCAGAUGAAGAUCUUUAAGAAAAGGAAAAAAUUCAAGAUCCGAGACUUUGCUCAGCUAGUUGGCUCAUUGGUAGCAUGUUGUCCGGCAGUCGAAUACGGGUUAUUGCAUUGUAGAUUAUUCGAGAGGGCUAAGGUUCGGGCCUUAAAUAGUAAUGAAGGAUCAUUCGAUGCCAUCAUGUCAAUGCCAGGAUUUGUACAGAGAGAUUGGGACUGGUGGAUGAGGGCCAUACCGCUAGCUAAUCGGACUAUUAGAGAGUAUAAAUUCAUAAAGACAAUUUUUUCGGACGCUUCAUUGUCAGGUUGGGGAGCAUUUUGUGAGGGUGAGAGUGCUAACGGUCUCUGGGACGAGACAGAGAGAAGUCUUCAUAUCAACCACCUAGAGUUAAAAGCAGCGCUUUUAGCACUGAAAUGUUUCGCAACAGACUUACGGGAUGUUGAAAUUUUGCUCAAAGUAGACAACACAACUACCAUGGCCUACAUUAAUAGAAUGGGUGGUGUACGGUUUGCUGGUUUGCAUGAUCUAGCCUGUGAACUUUGGAGUUGGUGUGAGGAACGAAGGCUGUGGGUACACGCCACCUACAUACCCUCAAAGGAUAACUGCGAGGCAGAUUAUUCGUCUCGUAUUGAUAAUACGGACACUGAGUGGGAGUUAGCUGAUGUUGCAUUUGAUGAGAUCACGAGGUGUUUUGGGACAAUGGAGAUUGAUCUUUUCGCAUCGCGCAUAAACUCUAAAUGUCAGCUAUAUUGUUCAUGGCGAAGAGACCCCGAGGCUUUUGCAUUCGAUGCUUUGACAAUUAGUUGGACCCAGUGGUUUUUCUAUGCCUUCCCCCCUUUUUCCCUGGUUGCCCGGGUUGAAGCAUCACCCGUUGUCAUCGAAGCUUACGCUGGUUGUCGCCAAGUUAUCACCCAGGCGCUUUUAAGAAGAGGAACUCCAAAGGAAGCAAUUGAUAUUACAAUUGCUUCUCUGGAGGAUUCAACAUUAAAGCAGUAUAACGGGACCUUAAACUUAUGGUGGCAAUGGAAUCAACAGGCUUCGGAGGAUCCCUUCGAAGUUUCAGCCAGCAAAACCCUCAAAUUUCUAUCGGAAAGAUUUGAGCAAGGAAUUGGACACAGUGCGCUAAAUGCAGCAAGAGCUGCCCUUUCAUUGAUAUCGGGUACAGAUAUUGCUAACAACGCCUUAGUCACUAGAUUUAUCAAAGGAACGUAUAAAAUGCGUCCUAGCUUACCAAAAUACCACUCUACCUGGGACGUGGAUCCUGUCUUGGAAAAAUUAGCCUCACUCUUCCUAUUGGAUUCUUUAUCUUUAAAAGAUCUUUCAUACAAAUUGAUAGUGCUCCUGGCUUUAGGUACUGCGCAUAGAGCGCAGACACUUGCCUUAAUUAAAGUGGCUAAUAUUGAGAUUUUGAAGUCAAGAAUCGAGAUUCGAAUACCGGAUAGAAUUAAAACAAGUCGACCAGGGGUACCUCAGCCCUUGUUGAAAGUUCCUUUCUUCACAGAAAAACCAGAACUUUGUAUCGCCAAGACUCUAAUUAAAUACCUGGAAGUGACUAAGAAGCUAAGAAAAAAUACGGACACUUUAUUCAUUUCAUUUAAUAAACCUCAUGCUCCAGUCAAAAGUGAGACCAUAAGUCGCUGGAUAAGGGCAGCGCUUAUAUCAUUUGGAGUGAAUAAGAAAUUUACCGCGCAUUCCACAAGACAUGCGUCAACUUCCAGGGCAUAUGAAAGAGGCGUUAGUGUACAGGAGAUCAAGAAGAUUGCCGGUUGGUCCCCAAAGUCUCAAACAUUUGCGACUUUCUACAAGCAACUUAUAGAAGUUGGAUCUGAUAAUUUCGUUCUAUCAAUUUUAUCAAACAAAUAG